CCCGAAGUCGCAUGGCCGACAGCGAGGAAAAAGCCCAAAAACUCUAACAAGUCGCUAUCCCGACUCUUAAAAAGGCUUAGAUUGAUAGAGAGAGAGAGGGAAGCAGGGGUGGGGAGAGCAGUAAGAAGCUUUUGCGAGCAAGUAGGGAGGAUCUAGCCAUCAAAGUGUCUCGGUAGCCUCAACAGCGAAGUACUGCAAAUCGGCGAAGGGGGGAGAGAGAGAGAGAAGUUUCUUCUUUUCCCCCUUUUUUUUUUUCCUAUGCCUCCAUUAUUAUCAACUGUGUGAGGAUUGUGCCGGAGGGUGAUAAGUGGCUUGUUGGCAUUUGCUCCGUGUCUUUGGGAAAUGGGCUGAAUCAGGCCAUCUUUACUCGGCCGCCAUCCUCCUCAACCUCUGGUUUGUCUUAUCCUUCUUCCUGCGAAUAUGCGGUUCUUCUUACUGACCAGAAGUUGAUAAAAACCCUUCGUUUGCCGUAACGUUAACAGGAUGGAAUUUUGAUUUCCGCAUCCAGUCUACCGUUACUGGUGGAGAGAAAAGUGUUAAGCUGGUGAUGGAACUGUUGCAGUUGAAUGGCCAAGCUUUUCCAAAGCGCCACAACUGGUAUCAAGCGCAGCAAGAAGAAGGAGAAAAAACCCUGUUCUUUUAGGAGUGGAAAGCACGGGAAACGGAAAAGUAGCAGAGCAGGAAGAGAAGGGGGAGGGGGAAGGGGAGGGGGAGUGGGAGGGGGAGCGCCUGGAUCCAAGGAAGAUUCAGACUCAGCUCCACCCGAACCGAAGCGAAGGCGAACGAGAAAAAGAGCUUCGCCAAACCCCGCGGCCUCCAUACUUCCCCUACCCUUCUUACUCUUCCGACUAUGCUUGCUUAUCGGAGAGGCAGCCGGGCGCCAUGAGGACCGCCGCCCCGGCGGGGGUGGCGACAUAGUUGAAGUACAAGGCGGCGGCCACAUUGUACGCGCAACAGGGCGCAAGGAUCGACACAGUAAGGUAUGCACUGCCAAAGGCCUCAGAGACCGUCGCGUGCGUCUCUCUGCUCACACCGCAAUCCAGUUCUACGACGUGCAAGAUCGACUCGGCUACGACCGGCCAAGCAAAGCUGUCGAUUGGUUAAUGAUAAACGCCAAGCCGGCCAUCGAUCGGCUUGCUCAGCUCCCCCCAUGGCGUCCUCCCUCCCCCUCCCCUCCCCCUCCCGCAGCGGCCGAAAAACCCCUCCUUUCUUCUGAAACCGCCGACUAUGCUUCUGCUUACGGUUUCUGCAGCAGUUCCAGCUUGCUUCCUCCUUCGCUAGACUCAGAUUCCAUAGCCGAUACCAUCAAAUCCUUCUUCCCAAUGACCGCUGCUGCAUCUUCCUCUUACCACCCAGCCAUCGGAGGAAGCAGCAGCCAUAUCGAGGAUCUCAGCCUCUCUCUCCAAUCCGUCCAAGAUCCCAUUUUUAACCACCAACAUAACCGCUCUGCUCCCACCCAUCAACCCAUUUUCGCCUGUGCUGCUCCUCUGGCCUUCGACGCCGGAAGUUCCGCAUGGCCGGAGCCCAGUCAUAGAGCGGCCUCAUGGAAUCUAGUUCAAAACCAGUUUCUUACUCAGUGGGGAACCCUUCAGUCCAGUAACCCUCCUUCGAUUCGUGCCAUGGUGGAUCCAAUUGCUUUAUCUUCUGCAUCCGGUCACCAGAUGCAGCUCGCAGCUUUCCGACCGAGCUCAAACUCACCGGCGCCAGCUUUCCGAACCGCUGCUGGUGAAGCGGUUGGAUUCUCUGGGUACCAUGUCCCUGCACGAUUACAGGGUGGGGAGGAGGAGCAUGGCAGCGGCGUCCCUGACGCACCGCCCUCUGCUUCCUCUGCUUCGCACCAUUGAUGGAAAGAAGCAAGAAGAGGGACCGAAACUCCUGCUUGCUUCUCCUCAUCAGAUUAGUCCGUGAUUCUUCACCGGGUGAAGCCGAGGAAAGUGUUAAGCAUCUGCGACUUCUACGAGUUUUACCAGUUCCUCUGUUUUUCUUUCCCUUUGGUGCUGCUUAUCUUGUUGUGAGGCUCUUGAAGCCAAGUAGCCGUACUUCUUAGAUUUGUUUGUUGAUGUGUUGACUUCUGGUUUUGCUACUCAUUGCUGUGUGCACUCUUCUGUUAAGUUUAUCAUUUGCACCAUUAAUAAGAAAAAAAUUAAAAAAAAAAAAACUCGAGUUGUUUGUCAUUGCAAAAAUUCUCUCUUUAUUCAUGGUAGCUUGAUCUGGGAAAACGAAGAAGACGGUGGCUGACGGGGCUGAUUUCGACUGUCGACUGAUGGGAUAGUGGCUAAAGUUAGACAUGAAUGAAGCUCGAUGUCACUUUCAUGGUGACAGGGAGAGGAAGAACAGAGAGCGCCGCUGUAUAAUUGGGAAAUGAGAGGUCUUUUUCCUGGUUUCUCGGCGGCUUUGUGGUUUACGUCUGAAUGGAAAAUGAGGAUCUAUGAGAUUAAGACGUGGUUUAGUGAUUAGCUUGUCCUAAUUGGAAGAUUGAAUAACAAAAUAAAUAGAUUUAGAUGAUUGGACAUGGUUAUGUUGCUUGAGAAGGCUGAGGAUGGGUCUCUUUCUCCUGCAGUGGAAUGUUUAUUUGCUAAUCCACUCAAUUAGAUUCUGUUUCGUUGUCCACUGUCACCAACCAGUGUUCUCCUACCUCAAUAUCUUAUUAAAA